UUCCGUAAAUGUCAAAGUUGUCAAACCGAUGUCAAAUGAUACGAAGAAAACAAACAGAAACAUUUUCGUAAGAAAAUAAUUGUAACUCUACUGAUUGCCUGGAAUUGUUUAACACCCUAAAAAUGGUUGAAGAAUCUAGUAUGAAUUCUAAUAAACCUAAGACGAAAACCACCCGUCCUAAAGCUGUAUACUUAUGGACAGAAGCAGACGUUCAAAAAUGGCUCCGCCGUCACUGUAGCGAUUACUAUAACCUUUAUUGGGAGAGGUUUCAUGAGCACGAUAUAACAGGGCGCGCCCUUAUCAGGAUCAAUGACAACACGCUGCUCCGUAUGGGCAUCACCAACAGAGAGCAUAGAGAUGCAUUAUGGCGUGAGAUCCUGAAGCUUAGGUUAAAGACUGACAUUAUGGAAAUCCGCGAUCUGGAGCGACGUCACAACUACUUCAACUACGACUUGUGACAGGAGGCGCUGGUCUCCAGCUCAACGGUCUGCCAACGAUGUGCCCUAGCCUUCAAGCGGCUAUUCAACAGAAACACAAGUGGAUACAGUGCAAUUGGACACCUACUUCGUGCCUUAAUAAUUAUACUAACAUUAAAUAGAUUUUUUGCCAGCAAUAGAUAACAAAAUAAAAUGUAUGUUUCAGUUUGAUGUUAAAUUUUAUUAUUAGUAGUUAAAUGUUUAUACACUGAAUUAGAAUUUAUAAAUAUUGCAUAAUUUAUAGUUAGAUCAAUAAUUAUAAUAACUGCUUGUGAUGCAUGUAUGAAGAUCAAAUUGGGAAUUAGAUGGUACUUGUAUGUAUUCAUAAUAGAAUAAAUUGUUUCUAUUGAUUGUUACUUAGACAAAAAAUGGAAAAUACCCUAUUGAAUAAAUUGUAAGAUUUUAAGAAUGAGAUGCUUAUGUAAUAAAUACUUAAUUAAAAUCUGGUAUGAAGGUUGUGCCAAAGCCAAGCGUUGACAAAAUUCCAGCCUGAGAAAAAUCCUAUCUGUUAUGCAAUCUAAUUUAAGUAUAUUAAGGUGACAAUAAUAAUAAAAUCUUUUUUAAAUUAGAAAAUAUAUCAAUGAAGAGUGUUUAUCUCUGAAAAACCAUGUCAAAAUAAUUUGGGUAAUAUUGUUAUGUUAUGAUAUUUUUAUUUGCAAAGACAUUCCAUUGAAGGUUAUCCUACUCUUAGUAAUAUAAGUAUAACAAAAUGUGAGGCAAAAUUAGGCUUAGUACCUCAAAAUUACAAACACUGUAUUUUAUACAAGUUUCUUAUUAUUUGGUUUGGGCAGGAAAGACUGGACCACUGAAUUAGUAUUUAUAAUGUAAAAAAAUAAAACUGCAGACUAGCUUAUUAAAGCCCAUUUUUUCUAUGUGAUGAUCUGCCGAGAUGACGAUUACAUACAUAACAUUACAAGUUACAAAACCGUAGGUACCGAGAAUGAUAUGUCUAAUCGAUAUCGUACUUGUCUACAACACUGGUUUUAAAUGAGUCCGAAUGGUUAAGAACCCUGUUUUAACUGUAAAAAAAAUAUUCAAAUACCAAUUUAGGUGCGAGUAAAUACAUGAUAUUUAUAUAAAUGAUAUUGUUUUAUUACAA